ACCAAGGAGGGAAACUGUGGUCCGUUUAAAGCGGACCAAAAGUGGCAGGUGUGAAUACACCCUUUAUCAUCCUUUCACCUGGGCAGGAGUCCGGUAGGUGCUUCUCCUAAAACACACCUUCAGGUUGAAGCCGCCCGGCUGUGAAAAGAUAAACCCCACUCUCUUUCUGCCUCAGCUCCGUUUGUGGAGUCUUCUCACCACAUAACGGCACAGAAGCCACCGCGGAAUAGCAAUGCAUCUGAUCUAACUUCCUGCUGGGACUCUAGACGGUGAACAUGCAGUCGCCUCAGAGGAGGAGGCUCAAGCGCAGCCGUGUCCUCUUCUUAGUCUCAGGCAUACUGCUGUGUUUCAUCUACACACUGAGUCUGAAGACCAGGCAGCCUCAAGCCCCUAUCAGGACCGAUGUUGGAUCAGACAGGGGCGGUGAGGAUGCUGUGGAGGUCGGACUUCGGGAGGUGAGAGCAUCCAAUGAGACUGAGGAGGAGAUGAUCGUCAACAGGACAGAUCUAGAGCAGUGCAUCUACGUGCAUCCACGGCUACCCAGAGCACGUCCAACUCCCCCGCCGCUGACCACCACAGCUCCUCCCAAACAACCCCUCCAGCCCCCACAAAGUAAGGUGGACUAUCCAGAAGACUACUUCUCAGUACGGCAGAGACGGCAAGGCUGGGUGUUCCUGCAUGUCACUGGCAUGAUCUACAUGUUUGUUGCUCUGGCCAUCGUCUGCGACGAGUUCUUCGUUCCUGCGCUGGAGGUCAUCACUGCCAAGCUGGAGAUCUCAGACGACGUGGCUGGAGCCACCUUCAUGGCGGCUGGAGGCUCUGCCCCGGAGCUCUUCACCUCCCUUAUCGGUGUCUUCAUCUCCCACAGCAACGUGGGCAUCGGCACCAUCGUGGGCUCGGCUGUCUUCAACAUCCUAUUUGUGAUUGGUAUGUGUGCCAUCGUCUCCCGGGAGAUGCUGCGCCUCACCUGGUGGCCGCUCUUCAGGGAUGUGACUUUCUACAUCCUGGACCUCAUCAUGCUCAUUGCCUUCUUCUCGGACAACAUGAUCUGGUGGUGGGAGAGCAUCAUACUAGUGCUGGGCUACGUGAGCUAUGUGGUCUUCAUGAAGUUCAACAGUCAGCUUGAGCGGACGUUCAAACGCCAGCUCAACAAGCACAAGAGCAUCGUCAAGGAUAGUGAGGCUGCACAACCUCCACGUCCUGCUGCAGAUCCCAAAAAAACGGAGAGCAAACCCAAGCAUGAAGUGGUACCACCUGUACCAAGCAGCCCUCAGCACAACAGCCUGCAACCAGAAUCACAAGAGGACAAAGCUCUGCUCAGGGUACGUCCUGUUUUACAGCGAGGUGGCAGCUCAGCAUCCCUCCACAACAUGUCUCUGAGGAGCACCAUCUUCCAGCUGAUGAUGUGCACACUCGACCCACUGGGAGAAGAAGCAGUCCUCAGAAUGGCCAUAAGAGCCAGCCGGCGAAAGAAAAUCACAAAAGAUGCCGGUGACCUUAGUGGCAGCUCCAUUGUCAGACGUUGUCCUCAUUUCAUGUCUGAACUACUUUCAAACAGAAAGUUUGAAGAUAGUGUGGAGGUGACUCAUGUCAAGUCUUCUGUUGUCCACUUUUGCCAAUCAGAAACGUCCUUUAACGGUGAUGUCAAAGGGGAGGGGCUUGUACAGAAGAAAGCAAAGAACAAAGUAAAACCUCUGGAUGUUCCAGUGAGAGAGAACCAAGAGAACUGGUCACAUCACCCCCAUGCCGAAGGUCAGAAACCCAAGAGCGAGCAGACUGCUUCUUUUGGAGCACCAGGGGGCGCUGCAGCUCAGCCAUCCACCUCGCAGCCUCCUGCAGAGGAGACCACGCAGAAGACCUCUGAAAGGCCAGAGGAGUCAAAGGCAGUGGCAUCAGAAGGAAGAUCUGGAGGCUCCCAGGACAGCGCUGAGGAAGACGGCGGUGAAGAUGAAAGCAGCGACUCCAGUGAGAGCAAGGAAGAGGAUAAUGAAGAAGAAGAGGAGACCCCGCCUCUGUCUUUGAAGUGGCCUGCAAAGCCACGCAAACAGGCCACCUACCUGUUGCUGCUGCCCAUCAUGUUCUUGCUGUGGCUGACGCUGCCGGACGUCCGCAAGCCGGCGUCCAGAAAAUUCUUAAUCCUCACGUUCCUCGGUUCCAUCUUCUGGAUUAGCAUCUUCUCCUACCUGAUGGUGUGGUGGGCUCAUCAGAUAGGUGAAACUAUUGGUAUUUCUGAGGAGGUCAUGGGCCUGACCAUCCUGGCAGCAGGAACAUCCAUCCCAGACCUCAUCACCAGUGUGAUUGUGGCUCGGAAAGGUUUAGGAGACAUGGCCGUCUCCAGCUCGGUGGGAAGCAACAUCUUUGACAUCACUGUUGGCCUGCCCAUCCCUUGGCUCCUAUACUCUGUGCUGCACAACGGCGAGGCUGUAACAGUCAGCUCCAACGGGCUGUUCUGCACCAUCGUGCUGCUCUUCCUCAUGCUCCUCUUCGUCAUCAUCUCCAUCGCCGCCAGUCGCUGGAAGAUGAGCAAAAAGCUGGGCAUCACCAUGUUCAUACUGUACUUUGUGUUCGUCGUCUUCAGUGUCCUGCUGGAGUACCAGGUUCUCAUCUGUCCAGUUUCAAUCUGAUGGCACCGAUGGACAUAAAUUUCCAGACCUGAUCGGUUCUGUGGGAUUUAUUUGUUACCAACCUUGUGCACCUCAGAAAUGUCUUAGUUCUCCAGGUACCAUCAUUAUGACUGAGGUGACCACACAUAUUUUUAAUCUGAAGCCCCACACAGCAAGUAUGCAUACAAUAAUUUUAAUAGUCCAAUAUUUAUUAUCUAAUCUAGUCUGUAGGUUCUUUUGUUAUUAGACAAACAAUUUUAUGUCUAAUAAAAUGUUUCAAUGGAGACUUUAGUCUUCAUCAUUGGUGUCUGCUGUUGUUCCCUGAGGCUGCCGGCUCAUCGCUGGAGGAUGUCGUUCCACGUGAAGGGAUGCUGGAAGGUUCCCUCAGCCUCAGCACCAUAGCGGUGUACGUUUGCUUUCCAAUCUUCACUGCCUCCAUAUUUCAACAAUUUGUUGUUUUCCAUGCUGGGAUUUUGGCCCUUUCCCAAUCCAUAAUGUGGUUUUCCCGUUUGCAGUGGUCCGCAUGGGGGGCAAAAUAAUUGUGGGUGUAAUAACAAAAGAACCUAAAGACUAUAUUGUAUACAGACACAAUGAACUUUGGAACAUUGGAAUAUUAUCUAAUCUGUCGAAGAGCAGCUAAAGAAUCCACAAAGUUAAUGUAACCAUAGUUUCUGGAUUACAUAGAGCCUUAAAUUACUGCUGGAUUCCUAGACUCCAUAGUUUAUCUACACUGGAAGUACCAGUUUGUGUCAGCAGGGGGCAGACUUUUGCCAUUUAGUCGGAAUCAAACUUAUUAAAAUAGUAGCCUGAUAUUUUAACUGCUGAUCAAACGUAACCUGAUAUUAUAAUUUCUGUACCUUUCAGAUGAUACUUUAACAUCUUGUUGGCCACUAGAUGGCGCACAUGUACUACAGUUUGAAGGCCAGUGUUUCAUAACCUGAGCUGAAGAUCAUACUAGUGCUGUGAUGUAGAAGGUGAAGGAAACCCUGUCAGUAAAUUUACUUUCACUGAUUACAGGUCCUGUUAUUCUUUAAAGGUAGCAGUUUUCCACUUCCCGUCCUUCCAUGCCAUGUAAGAUGGGGAAAAUGUUUUUAUUUAUUUAUGUAUAUAACAAAAACCUUCGAUGCUGAAGCUUCUUUUAACGUGGCAAGCCCUACGGUGCGUUGAAAAAUUAGUUUCCCUUUUACAGAUUCUGUUUGCCAUCUUGAAAUGAUUUAAUUUAUCAAGAGGAAAAAGCUGGCUCUUUGUGAAGUAUAACUGCCACUCUUGGCGGCAGCAACUGCCAUCAAGCAUUUGUGCAAGCAGUUUUUUUUUUGUUUUUUGUUUUAUAUAGCUGUGGAGGAUUUUGACCUACUCUUUGCAGAAUUUCUUCCUUUCAUCUUCAUAUAAGGUGUUUGGUCAUGAACGGCCUGCUCAAUAUCACGCCACCACUUGCUGUUGUGAUUCUGAUCAUUAGUCCUGCUGCAUAGCACGAGUAUGUUUGAGCUUAAGGACACAAACUGCUGGCCAGAUCUCCUUUGGGAUUUCGCUGUGGAGACCCAAAUUCAAGGUUCUAUCAAUUACAUUAAGUCGUCCAGGUCAGGAGAUCACAGUAGUGUGAUGUAGAAGGUGGAGAAAAUUUCAGUAAAGUUAUUUUUGCUGUAGUCAUCUUCCUGACCUUUCAUGUCUCCUAAGAUUGGAGAAAAUUGUGGUGUUUUUGGUCAGCAGUAGUUCUGGCCUUGGAAGUGUCCAAUAGAGGUCCUUUUUGCCCCAGUCUCUUUCUCGUUGUUGAAUUUUGAUCUUCACUGAUGCAAGCGAAGCCUGCAGAGAUUUAGAUGUUCUACGUUCUUCUGUAGGCUUCUGUAAUGAGUCACUGAUGUGCUCCUGGUGGCCAGCCUGUGCAGAUUUACCACUCAUCCAGGUUUGCUCCAUUUGUGGUUAAUGGUUAUCACUGGUUCCAACAGUUUCCAGACUGAUAGAUGUUGGUGACUUUGUUUCUUAAGAUCUGGGUAUAAUGUAUACCUUUUUGGUGAUAUUUUGGCCUACUCAAUGUUAUCAGACAGGUUCUGUUUAGGUGAUAUCUUGAAUUUAUGGGUCUAGCGGUAUUUGGCCCUGUAUCGGGCUACAGAACCUGAAACAAAAAACGGGGCUGAUCUAAUUCAUGAUUUAACAACGAGGGCAGUUAUACUUUCACACAGAGCCAUGUUGGUUUACAUGAAGAAGCCUAAUAUUUAUAGAAAAUCCACCAGAAAUUCAAACUUUUGCACCUUUUUUUAAUAUAGUUUUAAAAACUUGUUUAAGUUGUUUGAUCGUUCCACUUCGGGAUUUAAAUGCCAUACACUGAAAAGACGUCAACAGGUUAUCUAGAUGCAUCAGCUCCAGCAGUUGCAGAUUCACUGAUGCAACCUCUGAGUUUUUGAGCUUAGUAUUUCUGACCUGUGAGCCUCCAAUUCUGCUCAGUAUUUCCCCAAACAUCUGUUUGUUCCUGUUUUGAUGUCAAAGGGAGAAAAGUGUCUGAGAAAGUCGUUGUUUUAAGUGCUUCAGAUUGUUGUAGCUAUGAGGAAAAGCUGAGCGGUGUCACUUUGUUGCAUUACUGUUAACCGCUGUUGUUUGGAUCAAAAUAGAUGCAAACACGGAUAAAUAAAGUAUAUGUAUUUGUGAGACGGCAAUUCCAUGCUGCAAUAAAUUAUUUUUGUUAAGAGGAACUGGUGCAUUAAUGGUUCUUGGGAAAACAAGUGAUAUUUGACUUUUGGAAACAUUUAAAAAACAUUUAUAACUGAAUAUGGCUCAACUUUGUUGCUUUCAAGACCAGUCCAAUAUAUUAUUGGGUGUUUUAUAAUGAACUGAUGCACCAAAGUUUCUUUUUUUUUUUAUUUGCUGACAUUCACAGUAGUCCUAUUUUUUUAAAUUUUUUUUUUUGGUAUGUGUCGUUAAAUUCAAACAUCACUACUAAAACAAAUGACGAAGCAACGCAAACGCAACACCUUAUUUUGCUCUUUCUGCACCACAGUUUUGGAAACCGAUGGAAGUGAAUCUGAACUCAUCUAAUUUAUUGUAAAACUAAAUUUGAGAACAAAUUUGCUGCACUGGGAUGUAGCUACUUUUGCAAAACCGAACAUGUUUCAACCUUCCUGUCAGUGACGGAGAAAGUCGCUGGUUGCCAUGGGGAUUCCCGCUGUUUCUAGUGGGCAGCGUGAGCAGGGAGCCCACAGUAACAUCUUUCUGUACAGAAACUAGCGAUUGUCCUGAAUCAAUUUUUUACUGGGAGUUGCAGAACUGUGUAGUAGCCACAAUAGAAAACCUUUAUGUACCUGCACUGGAGGUUUGAUUUGUCUGAAACACCAAAAUCGACCAUUUAAAUAAAAAAGGUGAUAUUCUGCUUCUUGAUGCAGUUCCCAUUAACGGACAAUUUAUAAAUCUACAUCUAAAGGCAAUGGAGCAUUUUGAGAAAUUUCUGUACUAAUGUUUAAUUCUAUUACCAAACUGCACUGUAGAAAAUACAGCGAGAGAAAACAUUUUCUCAGACAUCCCUGCAUUUCGGUUCCUUGGGAUUAAAACUGCCAUAAAACACAAAACAGGCGUUUGAAUUUUUAACAUCGCCUUUUUAUAUCGUUCUAUUGAAUGAAAUUAUGCUCCAUAUUAUUAAUAUUCAGUUACACAUUUUCAUCAAAUAUAUUUUCAGUGGCACGUCUUCUACUUAAAAAAAGUAAAACAACCUAACGAUGAGCUCUAAAUGAUUUUAUUUACAGUUCCAGUCCUGCAGGUCUGUAAAAACUCACAUUUCUGUACAACUAGCAAACAAAACAUUUAUGGACUCAGUUCUGGGAAAAUCAUUUUAAACAAAAAUCCACAGGUGAUUUUUAUUUUAUUUUAUUUCUUUUUCCAAGCAGCAAAAAUCCCAGUUCUUCCAUCUUUUUUUUUUUUUUUUCCUUGGGAUUCUUGUUGGGGUUCCAGUUUUGGUCUCUUCUGCAACAAAUCGCACACAUUGGGUUGACACUCAUGAAACCCUCAAGUUUAAACUCAGGGGUCCUCCUUCAACCAAAUCCACAAACAUUUAUGUGAAGCCAGGUCCAGAACUAGGACUGGUACUGUACAUUACAAAAUAAAAUACAAACACUGAUUAGGUGUUUACAUCAAGUUCUGUCCAGUUCAUUUGGUUCUUCUUAACAGAAUCUCAUUCAGUUUUCAAAUCCCCCAAAAACUUCACACUUUUAUUUAAUCACAAAAAUAACAUCUGGACCCAUCUUUAAAAGGGCACAACAGUAAACUCAGAAAUAUCGAAACUGUGCUGGAUCAGAUUUAUUCUGGGUCCACAUUUAAACCCCACAAUUUGGUACUGAUCCUUUUUCUUUAAACCCCUGAAAACAUUUGUAGAUCUCAUGUUUUCUAGUCUCUGCUCACAUUUAGAGGAAGAACCAAACUCUGUCUCAGAGUUCUUACAACUUCUGAGUCCAGACGGAUGUUUG